CUUAAAUCCAUUUACAGCACUUCGAAUCAGGUGACUUCGAAUCGCCUGGUUGUGAAUCCGCUGCUAUGUUCUAGACGAACCUAACCAACAACACCACGGCGACUGAGUGAGGCUGUAUCUCUGUUGUAUCUGUGGGCCUCGGUGGUUUCCAGGUGACCAAAAUCACAACAACAACAACAACACCCUAUAGAACAGCACCUGUGUGGGCAACACUGACUGGAAAUGGCUGACCAAUCAGAGCUGGCCUUGUAUGAGACAAUGUUUCAGGAAAGGUUUACAGAGGAAGAUGCAGGUUUCCAGGCACAUCUUCAGAAGCCCACACCAGCACCACCGAUAGUAGAGUCCUGGUCGUCACGCUCAAGAAGAAACUUUGAUAACAGAUCCCAGAGGGGAGGCAGGAGUGAGGGAUGGCGAGGAGGCAGGAAUGAAGGUUGGAGAGAAGGAAGGAAUGAGGGAUGGAGAGGAGGCAGGAAUGAGGGAUGGAGAGAGGGAAGGGAUGAAGGAUGGAGAGGAGGUUGGAGAGGGGGCAGGAACGAAGGCUGGAGGGAAGGCGGAGGCAGUCGGGACCGCAGGGAGGGUUACUAUGGACACAGCCGUGACUCUAGAGGGAAUUACCAAGGAGGAUAUGAUAGAUAUCAAGGCCGGGACAGACCAUACCACUGACUUAUACACAUAUCAUGAUACCAGCUCGGGCAUCUCCCAACUCCAUGUACACGUAUUAGUUAAUGGCAUUUUUUCUGCCAAGGGCCAGGCCUUUACCUGGUCUAGGAAGGGUGAUCAGUAAGUUCUGCACCUCACCAAGAAAUAACACACUCACAUACACCUCAAAUUUUUUCUUGGUUGUAAGUUUCCUCACUUGUCAAGGAAUGAACAAUCCACUGCUGUCGUGAGGUUACGUUAUGCAGAUAGAACACGUGACUCAGUAAGCAGUGGAUAUUGAUAAAAGACUUUGUACUGCAGGAAUUUUUAUGCCCCAAUUGUUUUAGCUGUGCACAUUGUUUCUUGGUGAGGCGUGUAACUUUAAUAUUGAGGAUUAAAGUUGCCUAGUACAUGUCAUAUAAUCAUGUUUGUUUGAUCUCUCAGUUUCUUUAGUUACAGAAUUGGCUUGUUGAUACCGUUGUUCAUUCAAAUCAUUGAUAGGCCUCUGCACUAUACCCCUUACUACAAUGUGGUGAUCAUUUCUGAAGUAUUGAACUUUUAAAAUUAAUGUAGAAUAAGUCAAUCAGAGAGCACGCACGUGAUAGCUUGCCAUCAAAUACUGUAAGGUGCUAGCCGGUUUUGAUCUUUUUACUAAAAACUUACUGGUAUCUUUGUGUUGAUAUACAUGUAUACACAAUGUACCCUGAAUGGUAUGAAUUAAUUUUUUUUCUAUCAGAAGAAAAAUCGAGUAAAAAGAAUAAAGAAGUUGACUUGUUGAA